GAUCGACGCAAACGGACACCGCGUCUGAUCAGAUUUACCAUCAUUCAUCAAUCCGCCCCCAUCUGCACUGAUCCAUUGUUGUCGCGCAAACUCUGGCCAUCAUCAUUUCAUCCUGACUCAUACGCUUGCCCAUAUAUCUUCCAUCUCACCAGAGUUGCCAUGGAGCUGCCUUGAUUUUGACCAACAGCAGUGCAAUGCUUCCGCUUACGACAAUCCUAGUAGUUGUAAGCUUCGCGCUGAUCGGCCUUCCUAGUCUUCUUGCUGCCAUCAACAUUGCCCGGCGUAGGAAAUCUGAAAAAGGGAGUGGCUUUUACGAAGAUGUGGACGGAGUCGCAACAGAACAAAGUCAGAAACAAUUUUCUGCCAAAGGUCCUAUCAUAUCUCUGCUCGUGGUUUCAGUCCUCGCCCUGUCAUCAUCGUUCGCACUUGCAGUCUCUUCGACCCCUGCGAAACAUGGUAACAAUAUACUUCUGCCAGCAUGGCUCCAUGCAGGCGAACACUUUGCAAUUCUGAUACAGGGCAUCAACGUUGCUCUAGAACGAAAUCCGAUUCGACGCUUCAACAGCUCUGCAUACACCGCUCUCAGUCAUGCUAUUGUGGCCAUUACCGCGAGCUUGCUUUACACCCAAUGGAACGGACGGACAGUAAAGGCAUUGCUUCUCGUUGAUGUGCUUUGCUCGAUUGCUGCAUUUGUCUCUGGUAUGCUAGUUCCAAGACGUCCUAAAGUGUUUCUGGGAGGCAAAAAUGUGGAUGGGGAACGGACAGUUUCCUUGUUGAACAGGCUGACUUUCACCUGGAUGGCUGAGCUCGUGGAUUUGGUGCGUGCCAAGAGCUGGCUGACAAUGGACGAUGUACCCAUAUUGGGAUACCAAAGCAGAUCCAGCUGGCUUCUCAAUACACACCCUGAGCUCCAGCCUGACCAGACCUUGUUUCGUCUGCUACUUCGCUGCCAUCGUGGGGCGCUAGCCGCACAGUAUUUCAUGACAUUCAUGGAUGCGAUUACAGUCCAAGCGCCUUCUGUUGCCAUGCUCAUGUUGUUGCGAACAUUAGAGAGCCGACAUGCAAGCGGAGACCAGAGUGCACCGAUCGCGUUGUGGGUUGUCCUGCUCGGCGUUUUUCUCUUCCUAACACAAUUCGUUGAGAGCGUCGGUUGGUACAUCUCAUACUCCUACAUCCAAGUUCCCUUUCGUACCCACUUGUCAGCUCUUGUCUAUGCCAAAGCUUUGCGACGUAAAGAUGUCAAGGGGGUGGCCGAUGUGUCAGGGCUUGAGAGCGAGGAUGCCGAGAACAAGACACAACAAGGAACGGUCAAUUUAGUCGGAGUCGACGUUUUCAGGGUAUCAUACUUUGCCCUAGUGAACAACUGGUUCUUCGGCGCAUUCUGCAAAAUCUUGAUAUCUUUUAGCCUCCUUGGAUACCUCGUGGGAUGGCAAGCAUUGCUCGCAGGGCUAACUGUCCAAAUUCUGAGUAUGCCUCUCAACACUUUCUUCUCGAAAAAAUACGCAAAAGCACAGAAUGAUGUCAUGAAAGUUCGCGAUCGAAAACUUGCUGUUGUAACCGAAAUAUUGAAGGGGAUUCGGCAUGUCAAGUUUGCAGCCCACGAGGACAGAGUUCAAAGUCAAAUUAAAGAAGUACGAGACGAAGAACUGAGCCAGCAGUGGAGGUCGUUCAGGGCUGACAUUGGUCUUAUGUUUUGUUGGCUGUUUGGGCCUAUAAUGCUGUCUGCCGUUGCAUUGGCAGUUCAUGCACUCGUGUAUGGCGAGCUGUUACCCAGCGUCGCGUUCACAACAAUGGGUGUGCUCAAUAGUAUUCAGGUCACGCUUGCUCUGAUUCCAGAACUUGCAACCAACGCAAUCGAUGCCUGGGUAAGCCUGAAACGAGUGGAGAAGUAUCUACACGCUCCAGAGAUCCCAGAAGUUACAACUCCAGGCGAAUCGAUUGAGUUUCAGGAUGCUGACUUUGCUUGGCCUGUCGACGAUCAAGACGCGAACAGAGAGUUCAUAAUUCGAAAAGCUAACUUGUCGUUUCCAAACAAUGAGCUCAGCAUCAUCGCGGGAGGCACAGGAAGUGGAAAGAGCUUAAUGUUGGCUGCGAUACUUGGUGAAGCGGACCUAAUCUCGGGAGCCAUCACUGUUCCUAAGGGUACACCAGGGGACUGUAACGACAAUGAAAUACUGAAUCAGACAAACUGGAUACAGCCUGGAACACUUGCAUUCGUUAGUCAACAGCCAUGGAUUGAGAACGGGACCUUCAAGGAGAACAUCCUCUUCAGACUGCCUUUUGACAAAGAAAGAUACGAAAGCGUUGUCGAUGCGUGUGCGUUGACUCAGGAUCGCAAGAUACUGAGUGAUGGGGAUGAGACAGAGAUUGGUGCCAAUGGAGUGAAUGUCUCUGGCGGACAGAAAUGGCGAAUCACACUGGCAAGAGCGUUGUACUCAAGAGCAGGUGUUCUGAUCAUGGACGACAUCUUCAGCGCCGUUGAUGCUCACGUUGGCCGUCACAUAUUUGCGAAUGCAUUGUGUGGCAAGAUCGGUGCUGGAAGAACUAGAAUACUGGCCACGCAUCACGUCUCUCUUGUCGUUGGCUCAGCAAAGUACGCCGUGCAUCUAAGUAAUGGCCAAGUUGAGUAUUCUGGCAGCAUUGAACAUCUUAAACGAACAGGCGCGCUACAAUCGAUUCUCUUGGAAGAAGACAAGGUGCACGAGGAAGCAGUGGAAGAAGCCGAAGAGAUCGUACCGAUAGUCGUCGCCGAGGGCGACAACGAAGGGACAGGGAUCAUGCAUAGAGAAGCUGGGUAUCAGUCAAUUAAUACCUCGCACAACCACACUGUGAAUCGUCGUCGAUCAUCGGCGCGGAAAUCCUCCAACUCCAUCCGGCCCAACGGACUCAUGGACGAGGAUAACAGCGGCAAAACAACACAAGUACCGAAAAAAUUUGUUGAAGACGAAUCAAGGCAGAUUGGGCGCAUUGCCUUCAACAUAUAUGUGCGCUAUUGGAAAGCAAGUGGUUACCUCUGGUUCUGGGCGGGCUAUGCUGGUGUUCUGAUAGCCCUGGAAGUUUUAAGACUCGGUCAGUCGUGGUGGGUCAAACUCUGGACUCAGAGUUACGAGACAGAGCAAGUACCAAAAGCAUACCAUAUUUCUCAUCAACAACAGCUCAUGAUCGCGGGAACUUCGAAUCAGACGAUGCGUAUACGAGAAGUUGACGCAAACCUUAAGUACUACCUUGGCAUUUACUUUGGCUUUGCAUGUCUGCUCUUGAUCGCUGGAAUUGGAAGGUCAAUUUUCAUGUUCACUGGAUCAAUUCGUGCCAGUCAAAAGCUAUACGAGGAUCUCACUUACCGAGUUCUACGCGCCAAGUUGAGAUGGUGGGACACAAUGCCUCUGGGCAGAAUCUUGAACCGCUUUACAUCAGACUUUACCAUCGUCGACAGUGAGCUCUGCUGGACAAUGUGUACCGUCUUUGAUCAAACACUUGUCAUCUUGGGGAUCAUUGUGGCCGGCAUUCUUGUUUCGCCAUACGUUGUGGUGUUUUCGUUCCUUCUCAUUGCUAUUUCCUUGAGAUACUCUCUCUACUACUUGGACGGUACCCGCGAGAUGAAACGACUUGAGAGUAUUGCAAAGAGCCCCAUUUUCGAGAUCCUUGGUACGACACUAACUGGACUCGGAACCAUUCGAGCAUUCAAGAAGCAGGAUAUCUAUAAGACAAACAUGUUUGCUAAGAUUGAUGUCUAUGGUGCUACGAGCUACUACAUAGCUGGGAUGAAUAGGUGGCUCUCGAUAAGGUUGGGUUUGAUCGGCGCCAUAUUUGCCGUAAUCAUAGCUGUCAUUGUGACUAGCAUAAAGGAUUUCGAUCCUUCAUUAGCAGGAUUUGCCCUCAGCUUUGCCCUGCAGUACACCGACGCGAUUUACUGGCUGUUGCGACAAUUUGGUAUCACGGAGAUGGCCAUGAACUCCGUCGAGCGGAUACAGGAAUACACUGAGACUGAGAUCGAAGACCAGGGUGGAAAGCCAGCUCCGGCUGCUUGGCCUAGCAAAGGGCGGCUUGAAAUUGACAAUCUUGUAGUUGGAUACGCGGAAGAUCUACCACCUGUUCUGCGCGGUAUUACGCUGGGAAUAGAGCCUAACGAAAGAUGCGCCAUCGUCGGAAGGACUGGUGCUGGCAAGUCAUCUAUGGCGCUUGCCCUUUUCCGUUUUCUGGCUGCACGAGAGGGCCGCAUUGUCAUUGACGGUAUUGACAUUGCGACUAUGCGACUGAAGGAUCUCCGAAGCCGGCUAGCCAUCAUACCACAGGACCCGGUGUUAUUCUCUGGAACUGUCCGCUCGAACUUGGAUCCGUUCAGCGAGCAUAGUGACGAUGCCUUGCGAGAAGCACUCGAACGGGUCCAUCUCAUCAAAGGAAAUGACUCUGGGUCCAGUACACCGCCGACGACGUCUGGACCAACUGAGCCGACAGUCUCAACAGCUAACACGAAUCCCUUCGCAUCACUCUCCACCACGAUUGCAGAGUCAGGCUCGAAUCUCUCCCAGGGCCAACGACAACUCCUGUGUCUCGCCCGAGCUAUCUUACAUAGACCGAAGAUCCUUAUCUUGGAUGAGGCGACGUCUGCCGUUGAUAAAGCGACUGACACGCUCAUUCAACAGAGUGUCCGCGAGCAAUUUAGCGAUAGCACUCUGCUCGUGAUUGCUCAUCGACUAUCAACCAUAGCUGAUUUUGACCGCGUCUGUGUCCUGGGAGAUGGCAAGAUUCUAGAGUAUGAUAGACCAGAAGUGCUAAUGCAAAAAGAUGGAGGCAAAGGCGCCUUUGCUAGCAUGGUAGAGGAGAGUGGUGAGAAGGAUCUGAUCAAGGAGAUGUUGUCGGAGAGAAAAAAGUAGAGAUAUACCAUGUCUCAUUUGUGCCUUUUGGGAAUCGAUCUACCCUCAAGCACUUUUGAAUAGGAAUCAAUACAUAUGAUUGUACUCUACUACCGGGCAAAUAUGCGUCGCUAGAUUGGUUUGUGUUGGAGUACUGACUAGAACAACUCACUGAUGCCUUGCAUUGCUUCAAAGGUUCGCUGUGCUGUGAGUUCGAGAGGAGUUCACACGACCAACAAAUUCCAGUA